AUGUCGCAACAAUUAACGAGAGAAGAUGAGGAACAAAUUUUUGCGGAAUACCAUUACACUGGUGCAACUAACAAUAUACAUCCACUCUUGUCGAGCCUUGUUAAUUACACACAUCCUGUGAAAUUUUCUGGUUUUGAUGUUGCUGAAGCAAAUAAUCUACAUUUCCAUAUGUCCUCAUUCUCAGAAAGUACGGGUUUGGGAUAUUUGAAACAAAGUGCUCCUGAAUUCGUUAAUUAUAAUAAACGUCAGUUAUGUAGAAUAUAUCCGAAAGGCGCUCGUGUCGAUUCCAGUAAUUUUUUACCACAGAUAUUUUGGAAUGCUGGUUGUCAGAUGGUAGCACUGAAUUUCCAAACUCCUGAUAUUUCAAUGCAGUUGAAUCAGGGAAAAUUUCAGUACAAUGGUGGAUGCGGAUAUCUUUUGAAGCCAGAUUUUAUGAGGCGACCAGACAGAUCAUUCGAUCCAUUUUCUGAAUCACCAGUUGAUGGUGUGAUUGCAGCACAUUGCUCUGUGAAGGUCAUAUCAGGUCAUUUUUUAAGUGAUAAAAAAAUUGGCACUUACGUUGAAGUAGAAAUGUAUGGCCUUCCAACGGAUACAAUACGAAAAGAACAUAGAACGCGUACUGUUCCUGCUAAUGGAUUAAAUCCUACUUACAAUAGCGAUGCGUUUGUUUUCAGAAAAGUUGUUUUACCAGAAUUAGCGCUUUUACGAUUUGCUGUUUAUGACGAAAAUGGCAAACAGCUUGGGCAGCGAAUAUUGCCCUUAGAUGGUUUACAGGCAGGCUAUCGACACAUAACACUUCGUACAGAGUCGAACAUACCGAUGACGUUACCAUGUCUUUUCGUUCACAUUGUUAUCAAAACAUAUGUGCCCGAUGAGUUGAGUGGUCUAGUGGAUGCUUUAGCAGAUCCACGAGCUUAUGUUUCUGCGCAAGAAAAGCGGAAAGAGGCAUUACAUAAUAUGGGAGUGGAAGAUUCAGAUAUAGUUGAAGUAAGUUCGAGUUCAGUAAAGACGACAUCUAAUCGAAAUAUUCUGUUGCGAUUAAAUGGGAAUGUAUCGGAUCAGAGUUUUGAGUCAUCAAAGUCAGCAAUCUUCCCUAAAGAAAGCUGUCGUCCAAAUUUAGAAUGUACAGAUAACAAACAAAAGGCAGAAGCGUUCAACAUAAACGAUCUGAAAAAAGGUAAAUGCUUCCAAAAGUUGGUGCGAAAGUUCCAAAAGGAUAUGGAGGAACAAAAGAAGCGUCAUCAAAAGCAACGAGAAUCAGUCCAGAAGCAACAGCAAAUAACAGUGGAUAAAUUGAUUUGUAAUAGUCACAAGCAGUCAAAAAGACGAACAGUGGUGAAUCAUUCGGGCAGUCAGAAGCGUCAGCCAUUAUCACAACUAAAAUCUGAUCCAAAGCUAGAUAGUGUUGAUAUGGCUAACAGUCACAAAAUGAAGUCUUUAGUGAUGUUUCAAACAGAUGAGUGGUCUUCCAUGAUGCGAAGACAUAAGACAGAAUGUUAUGAAUUGAAAAAAUUGCAAAUAAAGGAAGAAUUCGAUCUUCUAAGGCAAAUGAUACUUUAUUAUUCUCUGCAACCUAUAAAAAAUGUAAACAUUGGGAAACUUCUUCAAGAAGCUCAAAAACAGCAAAUGAAUAUGCUUAAACUAAGGCUAGAAGCAGAAAAUAAGGAUCUGAAACAAGCUCAAACCAAAAAAAGUAUGGAAGAUGUUCGGACAAUUCAGCAGGAUAAAAACAUCAAGACAAAGGCGGAAAAAGACCGACGAAUAAAAGAAAUGAACGAGAAAAACUUGAAAGUUUUUUGUGAAGAGCGAAAAAGACUAGCAAUCAAAGCUCAGAAGCAUGAAGAACAAUUGGCAAGAAGGCAUGAAGAACAGCAUGAACAACUUGAAAAAGAUGCUCAAAAGGCAUUGGAGCAAGAAGAAAUGAGCCAUCGUGAGACUCAGUUAGCAUCAAAGCCAGAAUUCGUGUGUUGA